CCCUCCAAACGUAACGGUGGUCAUUAUGGCCAAACAGUUUGAGUUUAGUUUUAUCCGACCACAGGACGUCUUCAAAAAUUAAGGUAUUUUUUCCUGUGUGCAUUUGUAAACUGUAAUCUGGCUUUUUUGUGUUUCUUUUGGAGUAAUGGGUUCCUCCUGGCAGAGUGGCCUUUCAGCCCAUGCCAGUACAGUACUCGUUUCACUGUGGAUAAUGACACACUCUAACCAGCUUCAGCCAUCAUCUUCACAAGGGGCCCCGGACCCCACGGCGGGGGCCAGUGUGGACGACGAGAACUGCUGGCACCUGGACGAGGAGCAAGUUCAAAAACAAGUCAAGCUUUUUCUCUCGCAGGGAGGAUACCACAGCUCGGGCAAGCAGAUCAACCUGCUCUUCAGCAAGGUGAGGGAGAUGCUGAAGAUGCGGGAUUCCAACGGAGCAAGGAUGUUAACACUGAUCACAGAGCAGUUCAUGGCAGACCCUCGGCUGGCGCUGUGGAGACAACAGGGCACCACCAUGACUGACAAGUACAGACAGCUCUGGGACGAGCUGGGUGCUCUGUGGAUGUGCAUCGUACUGAACCCUCACUGUAAAGCAGAGCAGAAGUCAUUGUGGCUGUGCCAGCUGCGCAGAUGGAACAGUGUGGACGUCUGCCCCUGGGAGGAUGGUAACCAUGACAAUGACCUGCCCAACCUCACCCACUCACUGCCUCAGGGUGCCCAUGGCAACCAAGAGAUGCGUCCCCAUAGGACUGUGUUCACUCGAGCCAUCGAGGCCUGUGACCUGCACUGGCAGGACCGACACCUUCAGCACAUUAUCGCCAGUGACCUUUAUGCCAACUACUGUUACCAUGACAACCAGGAGAGUUCAUUGUUUGACUCACGCGGCUGGCCCCUGUGGCACGAGCAUGUCCCAACAGCCUGUGCCAGGGUGGAUGCUCUGCGGUCACAUGGUUACCCAAAGGAAGCCCUCCGAUUGGCCAUCGCUGUGGUGAACACGUUACGGCGGCAACAGCAGAGGCAGCUGGAGCACUUUCGGCGACACAAGAAAGAGUUGCUACAGAAAGGGCACACCUCCAUAACAAACAUGGAGGGCUGGGUGGGACACCCUCUGGAUCCUAUCGGUACCUUGUUCUGUACACUGACGGAGUCAGGGCGAGCAGGAGAAGAAGGCUCUAACACCUGCUUAGACCUCUCCGACUGCUCCAGCGUCGUAAGCCGAGCAGAACUCCAACGGAUGCCUGUGCAGCGAUUACUGGGAGAUGGUGAAUCCUAUGUGGCGCUGGCAGUGGAGACUGCUUUGAUUGGCUUGGGCCAGCAGCGGGUGAUGCCUGACGGCCUGUACGCUCAGGAGAAAGUGUGUCGCAACGAGGAGCAGCUACUGGCCAAGCUAUAA